AUGUGUGUACAUGCGUUUGGCAACACAUGCUCUCCCGCUAUUGCGACCUACGGCUUAAGGCGCACCGCACCGGACGGAGAGCAGGACUUUGGAGCGGACGUUCGACACUUUAUCGAAAGACACUUCUACGUCGACAACGGCCUCAAGUCCUUACCGACCGAUGAGGAGGCUAUUGAUUUACUCAAAAGGACACAACAUAUGCUGAAAGGAGCAAACCUGCGGCUUCACAAGAUAGCCUCUAACUCUGUGGAGGUCAUGGGCGCCUUCCCAUCCGAUGACUACGCCAAGGGCCUUAAAGACAUGGACUUCGACGGAGGUCACGUACCGAUGCAACGGAGCCUUGGACUAAACUGGGACCUAAAGGCAGGUACGUUCACCUUCAAAUUGCCCGUAAAAGACACCCCAAACACACGACGCGGCGUACUAUCCACUGUCAACAGCCUAUACGACCAUCUAGGAUUCACAGCCCCAGUGACAGUACAAGGUAGGCUGUUGCUGAGGGAUAUUUCUUCAGAAACGUCAGAUUGGGAUGCCCCUCUCGACCUGAAUGACAACUGGCUAACGUGGCGAGACUCCUUACAUCACCUUGAACGGCUCACGAUACCACGCCAGUACACUGCAAUCUCUCUCUCCGACGCCCGUCGACGGGAAAUCUGUGUAUUCUGCGAUGCCUCAGAAAAGGCAAUCGCCGCUGUGGCGUACAUCAAAGUCACAGAUGCUGAUACCGUUCCAAGACUUGAGCUAUGUGCCGCAGUGCUCGCCGUCGAUAUCGCAGAGUUAGUCGUCAGCGAAAUCGAUGCUCACAUCGAUGACAUUAAAUUCUACACGGACAGCAAAGUUGUGCUCGGAUACAUCUUCAAUCAAUCGAGGCGUUUCUACGUCUAUGUCAGCAACCGUGUGAACCGCAUCCGAAGAUCUACGAAGCCCGAACAAUGGCAUUACGUUCCCACCGGUGAGAACCCUGCAGAUCACGCCACUAGACCUGUGGCUGUAGAUGCUUUGGCUGGCACGACUUGGCUGACAGGACCGAAAUUUCUUCGGGAAUGUACAGACGCGCAGAGGGAGGGCACAGCCUUCUCGCUUUUUGAACCAGAUCAGGACAAGGAAAUCCGUCCUCAAGUGGCUGUCUCGGCAACUCGCGUAGGAAAUCAACAACUGGGGGCUCAUCGCUUCGAGCGGUUUUCGACAUGGACAUCUCUACUGCGGGCCGUGGCAUGCCUGGUGCAUAUUGCUCGUUCCUUUCAUAACCCUUUGGCUGAUUGUCACGGAUGGCAUUACUGCAGCAAACCUCGAAGCGCGGAUGAGCUGAACGAGGCGGAGAAAGUAAUCCUUCGUUGCGUCCAACACGAAGAAUUUCCAGAAGCCGUCACAUGUCUCCGUACAGACGCAGCUCAACGUCGCAUUUCGUCCAGCAGCCCUUUGUGCGAACUCGACCCGUUCGUCGACAAUCAGGGCCUUUUCAGAGUUUGUGGACGCCUAAGGAACUCCGACCUCGACGAAGCGGAAAAGCAUCCAGUCAUCGUUCCGGGUCGCCAUCAUGUAGGCUUAUUGCUGAUACGGCACUAUCAUGGAAAGGUUAAACAUCAAGGGCGACACUUCACCGAAGGAGCUAUUAGAGCUGCCGGGUUUUGGAUUAUCGGCAGAAAAAGAUGCAUCAGCGCCAUGAUUCAUCGCUGUAUCACAUGCCACAAACUUCGAAGAAAAUUGGAGCAUCAGAAGAUGGCCGACUUGCCUGAAGAUAGGCUAAGCGCGGACCCCCCGUUCACGUGCGUGGGACUGGACGUUUUCGCCCCUUGGAUGGUUGCCUCACGUCGCACAAGGGGCGGUAUGGCCCACAACAAAAGGUGGGCAGUCUUAUUCACAUGCAUGGCCAUUCGUGCAGUGCACAUAGAGGUCAUUGAGUCAAUGGAUACGUCGAGCUUCAUUAACGCCCUGCGAAGAUUCCUUGCGCUCAGAGGCCCAGUGAAACAGCUCCGUCCAGACAGGGGCACGAACUUCGUUGGUGCCUGCUCUGAGCUCAAGAUGUCGGCGUUGGCUUCGAACUUCGUAAAGUUCAAGGCUUCUUGA